AUGGCGCCGACGACACCAUGCGUUGCGAUCCAAUUACGGCAGCUCAUAUAUUAUCACAUCGAUAAUAACCUCCUCAAGAACGCUCUGUUCUUCGCUGAGCGACUUUCCGCCCACGAUCAUCGAUCCUCUGAAUCUGCAUACCUCCUAGCACUUUGCCAUCUACGACUAGGCGACAACGCCUCAGCCUACGAAUAUAGCAAGUCGCCCGGGUUGAGAGGAGUUCAUCUAGGGUGUGCUUAUGUACUUGCACAGGCAUCCCUGGCGCUGCAAAGAUACAAGGAUGGAAUAGUUGCAUUGGAGAAGAGCAGAGGGCUUUGGGGAGGGAAGAAUAGCUUUGGUAAACAUACGCAAUCUACACGGCAACCGUACGCAGAUGCGGCAGCGGUUAGCUGCUUGCUGGGGAAGCUCUACUCCGGGUACGAUAACAAGCAAAAGGCCAUCAGCUGUUUCGAAGAGGCUCUCAAAUUGAACCCAUUCAUGUGGGAUGCAUUUACCAGUCUCUGCGAUAUGGGCACGAGUGUCCGUGUCCCGAACAUCUUCAAGAUGACCCCGGAAAUGGAAGCUGUGCUAAGAGUUAACACUCAAGACCAAGCGGAAUCCCAAGGGCCAACAAAGGACAAUACUCUCUCGUCCGUGGCGGACCACGAUCGAAACCGGCCGGGUGCGCGCCCGGUGUCGAUUGCGAGUGACCCAUCAGAUCCUUUUAAUAAUGCCCCAUCAAGAGGCUUCACAGGUGGCCUCUUUGGCACACAUGGUAUGUUACAGAAGCUGAAUGAGAGCAAUCCGAGCUUGACAAAUCUACCGGCAGCCGGUGGGGGAGGUAUUGGCCCAGAAGCAAUGGAAACGCCAACUGGUCCGAGUGCCUCAAUAGAUGUGACGGCCGCUCCCAGCCGGAGAGAUCCUGGAGUUGUAUCUGCCUACUCGUCCGAACCACCACAAGCUCCGAUACGGAAAACGCGCACUAUACAAGGGUUGGGAGUGGAUCUCAAUAUGGAUGCUCCAAAAAUGAGUCGGGGGCCCACGACAAAGCGUUCCCACAGGAGUGCAGAUCCCACCGAGGAGUCAGCGGCAACGCAAACCGUGCGGAACACGAACUUAAACGCCGCAGGAAAUGAGAGAAAGAGAACAAUCUCUGGGCAGGUGGUGCCCCGACAAACCUCGGAAGAUCCUGGGGCGCCACAAAGGAGAAGCGUUAGAUUAUUCAACCAAAUACGCCCAACGAGCAGCAAACCUUCGAGCAAUGCUCCAACGAUUGGUCCAGCACCUGGAAGGGAGUUGAAAAAGGCGAGACCACCCAUAUCAAGAAUCAUGCGUCCAAACUCGAGUACCUCUACCGUUGGCAGACAAGUUAGUGGUAACAGGAAACCAGUCGAAGAUACUAUGGAUCUUGAUCAAAAGGAGGCUACCCACCGAUCUUGGACCAAUACUGCUACUAGUAUACCCGUACAAAGAUCUUCGGAAACCGAUCCGGGCAAGCAGGAAGAAGGAUUGCGAUGGCUGCUAGACCUAUUCAAAAAGGUCGGUAGCGGCUAUUUUGCCCUUUCACAAUUCCACUGCCACGAAGCCUGGCAAAUUUACAGUUCCCUUCCACGCGCCCAACAGGAGACCCCUUGGGUGAUGGCACAAAUGGGCCGAGCACUCUACGAGCAAGCCGCAUAUGUAGAUGCAGAAAGAUAUUAUAAGCGGAUUCGUCAUAUAGCACCCACAAGAUUUGAAGAUAUGGAAAUCUAUUCGACAAUUCUGUGGCACUUGAAGCGCGAAACGGACCUUGCGUUCCUUGCCCACGAGCUUAUUGAUGGGUCAUGGCAGUCGCCUCAGGCGUGGUGCGUGUUGGGUAACUCCUGGUCACUUGCUCGAGACCACGAGCAAGCUCUCAAAUGCUUCAAACGUGCUACUCAACUCAACCCUAAAUUCGCAUAUGCUUUCACGCUCCAAGGGCAUGAGCAUGUUGCUAACGAAGAAUAUGACAAAGCAUUAAUAUCCUAUCGGCAAGGUAUGGCUGCCGACAAGCGGCAUUACAACGCCUGGUAUGGCGUGGGUCGCGUGUAUGAGAAGCUCGGAAACUACGACAAAGCAUUUGCCCACUUUUCAUCCGCGUCCGUGAUCAACCCAACAAACGCCGUACUAAUUUGCUGUAUCGGGACGGUCCUCGAGAAGCAGAAGCAGCCUCGUCAGGCUUUGGCCUACUUUUCGCAGGCAACCGAAUUGGCUCCCCGGUCAGCAUUAACGCGGUUCAAGAAGGCGCGGGCCCUGAUGGCGACAGGAGACUUGGAAGCGGCCCUGAAGGAAUUGAUGAUAUUGAAGGAUUUGGCACCGGACGAAGCCAUGGUCCACUUCUUGCUAGGAAGACUUUAUAAGAGUUUGAGGGAGAAGGGUGCUGCAGUGCGGCAUUUCACAAUCGCCCUGAAUCUGGAUCCUAAAGCAAGUCAAAAUAUCAAAGAGGCAAUCGAGAGCCUGGAAGAUGAUGAUGAGGAUGACGAAGUGAGCAUGAUGGCAUGA